AUGCACACUAUUAAAGGCAUGCCCAGGCGUAGCAGCUCUCUGGAUUCAGACCUCGGACAGAAUCAUCUAAUAGACGCGAUCGCUUCCCAAGUCGAUCAUCAAACUGUUAAUAACAUUAUUGAUGUUCAACGGCAGAGCUUGCGACGCUUCGAAAAGACAAAUGAAAUGUUAUCAAACUGCACGCACUUGAGCGAACGUCGUCUUGAAAGAGCGAAGAAGGAUGCUAAUGCCUACAAAGACACCAUUAUGCAGAUGAAAUCGGACCUCGAGUUUAUAUUCAAGAAGAUUCGGCUGUUCAAACAAACUCUUUCAACAAAUUACCCCGAUAUAUAUAACGAAGGUUUGCACUAUAUGGAGCCUUGGGACCAUAUAUAA